UCCCUGCAUCGCGGUCUCGGGGAUACAGCCAAAGCCAGAGAAGCAGCAGCUAGGGGCGAUGGCCACUCCAAGCCCGGGGGCCCGCGAGACCUCCUCCCCAGAGGCUGCAAGCAGGGCAGUUUCCCCAGGGAGUCACCAUGGCUUCUUUUGGCGUCUCCGAGACAAGCACAAUCGAGUCGGCCUGUUUGAGGUCAAUCCAGGGCACGAACUGCACAGAAUGACACGCAUGAUGCAGGAAGGGCUGUGGGCUGCCACCCAGGUCUUCAUGGACAACCCACCCAAGGGACCUCUCACCCAGAAGGAUUUCUCUGAAGUCAUGACCCAGGUUCAUGAAGAGGGCUUCGAGAUGGGCACCCUGGCCGGCCCAGCUUUUGUACGUUUGAGGCACUUUCUGGGCCUGAACGAAGAGGACUACCAGGCUACUCUGGGCCCCAGUGGCCCCUACCUUCAGUUUCUCAGCACCUCCAAGAGCAAAGCCAGCUUCUUCCUGUCCCACGACCAGCGCUUCUUCCUGAAGACCCAGAGGCAGCAGGAGGUGCAGGUGCUUCUCGCCCACCUGCCCCGCUACGUGCAGCACCUGCGGCGGCACCCACACUCGCUGCUGGCACGGUUGCUGGGAGUGCACAGUCUGCGGGUGGCUCGCGGAAAAAAGAAGUACUUCAUCAUCAUGCAGAGCAUCUUCUACCCUGUGGGCCGCAUCUCUGAGAGGUAUGACAUCAAGGCUUGUGAGGUGAGCCGCUGGGUGGAGCCAGUCGCUGAGGGCAGCCCCUUUAUCCUGGUGCUGAAGGACCUCAACUUUGAGGGGAAGACCAUUAACCUGGGACCCCAGCGGAGCUGGUUCCUCCGCCAGAUGGAGCUGGACACCGCCUUCCUGCGGGACCUGAAUGUGCUGGAUUACAGUCUCCUGGUGGCCUUUCAACUUCUCCGCGAAGAUGAAAAGGAUGCUUACACCGUUUACAGUACAAUGAGGUCCGUACAUGGUGCACCAAAUUUGGGGUUGACGGAGAGCCAGAACCGCCGGCUGCUGCUAGACGUCCCCAACGCCCUCCAUAUCUUGGAUGGGCCAGACCAACGUUAUUUUCUGGGCUUGGUGGAUCUGACCACUGUCUAUGGGCUUCGCAAACGGCUGGAGCAGUUGUGGAAGAUGAUGCGCUAUCCAGGCCAGUCCUUCUCCACCGUCAGCCCGGCUCGCUACGCCCGUCGCCUGUGUCAGUGGGUGGAGACGCACACCGAGUGACUCUCACCUGUCUGCUUUCUCAUCUGGACAAUGGGCAUGCGCCCGCAACAAUUUUCCAGCGGUACCCAGGGAGCUAGCCUGCAGUUACUCCUACUAGCCACAGGAGGGCAGCAUCCCCUAACUAAUGCUGUAACUACUCAGCCCUAUUCGGUGAUGGUGCUGUGCCCUGCUUAGAGGAAGGACCCCCCCAACCCCCAUUCCCAUUAGCUCAUUUACUAUUAAAAAAAUGUUGAUAUUUUCUUUUUACAGGCCGCGAAAUGAAGGCUCACGGGGUGAAGGGGGUGAGGAAAGACCACAGCAAUAAAUGCUGGAACCAGCCUGCACCGUGCCUUGAGCCUGGGAACUUACAGUCUUGGCCACCCAGCUCCUGUAGCCCUAGCUUCACACUCUGUAGAAGGAGGAGAGUGGAAGCUCUGCCCCCUUGUCCCAAUGGGAGAACAAGUCCAGAGGCUUUAAGGUGCAAGACCAGUCCCGGAUACUAGGCCCCCCAGUUCCCAGCUCUGAUUAAGGCUCCACAGUGCCCCUCUGGGAGACAAGUGGGUUAAGAUGAG